AUGAGAGCGCUCAGGGUUUUCCUCAUGCUCGCCACCUUGCCUUGGAUCGCCCUCUCGGCCGGCGAGCGCCGGAGCGUCAUGUGGCGCGGCGACUCCUUCGCCGUGGAGGACGCCGCCUCGUCGUCGUCGUCUUCUUCCGGCCGGCACGUGCACGCCCUGGUGUCCCCGGGCGGCAACUUCUCGUGCGGCUUCCGCAAGGUGGCCACCAACGCCUACACGCUCGCCAUCUGGUUCACGGCCUCGGCCGACGCCACCGUGGCCUGGGCGGCCAACCGCGACGCGCCCGUCAACGGCUGGGGCUCCCGCGCCGAGCUCCGGCACGACGGCUCCCUCGUGCUGCGGGACUUCGACGGCCGCGUCGCGUGGAGCACCAACACCAGCGACGCCGGGGCGGACCGCGCGGAGCUGCUCGACUCCGGCAACCUCGUCGUGUCCGACGCGUCCGGGCGCGCGCUCUGGCAGAGCUUCGACUGGCCCACCGACACGCUCCUCCCCCGCCAGCCCAUCACGCGGUACCGCCGCCUCGUGUCGGCGUCGGCGAGGGGCCUGCCCUACUCCGGCUUCUACAACUUCUACUUCGACAGCAACAACAUCCUCAACCUCAUGUACGACGGCCCGGAGAUCAGCAGCAACUACUGGCCGAAUCCGUUCAACAAGUGGUGGGACAACAACCGGACGUGCGACGUGCACGGCAUUUGCGGCCGCUACGGGUUGUGCACGUACGGGCUGGGCGGGGCGCCGGUGUGCUCGUGCCCGGAGGGGUUCGUCGUCGCCAACGCCAGCGACUGGAGCAAGGGCUGCCGGCGCGAGUUCGACGUCCGGUGCGGCGAGGACGUGUACUUCGCGCCCAUGCCGGCCGCCGACUACUGGGGCUUCGACUUCAACUACACCGAGGCGCUCACCUUCGACACGUGCCGCCAGAUCUGCCUCGACGACUGCAACUGCGAGGCGUUCGGCUACAAGCAGGGCUCCGGCAAGUGCUACCCCAAGAUCGCGCUCUGGAACGGCCGCCUCCCGGACAGCAAGCAGGUCAUCUACCUCAAGGUGCCCCGCCGCGUCCAGAACCUCGACCCCUCCGUGCUGCGCCUCGGCGGCCACAGGUGCACCGUGCGCGAGGUGAACGCCAACAGCAGCGCCUCCUACCUGCUGGCCGCCGGCAGCAAGCUCAACUUCGUCUACUUCUACUCCUUCCUGGCCGGGCUGUUCGUCAUGGAGGCCAUCUUCAUCGCCGUCGGGUACCUGUUCGUGUUCCGGGCCGACCCGGCGGCGCGGCGGAUCCGCGACGAAGGGUACAGCCUGGUGCUCAACCACUUCAGGCGGUUCACGUACGACGAGCUGUCGGCCGCGACCUCCGAGUUCAGCGAGGAGGUCGGAAGGAGCGCGUCGGGGGCCGUGUACAAGGGCGUCCUGGACGACGGCCGGAGCGUCGCCGUGACGCGGCUGGAGGAGGUGACGCAGGCGGACGAGGUGUUCCGGUCGGACCUCAGCAUGAUCGGCCGGAUCAACCACAUGAACCUGGUGAGGAUCUUCGGCUUCUGCUCCGAGCACUCGCACCGGCUCCUCGUCUCGGAGCACGUGGAGAAGGGCUCGCUCGACAAGGCCCUCUUCGCCGACGGCGAGGACGGCGCCGCCGCGCUGGGGUGGCACGCGAGGUACGGGGUGGCCGUGGGCGUGGCCAAGGGCCUGGCGUACCUGCACCACGAGUGCCUGGAGUGGAUCGUGCACUGCGACGUGAAGCCGGAGAACAUCCUGCUGGGCGCGGACCUGGAGCCCAAGAUCAACGACUUCGGGCUGGUGAAGCUGCUGAGCCGGCGGGACGAGCGCGGGCGGGUGCUGUCCCGGGUGCAGGGCACCAGGGGGUACAUCGCGCCGGAGUGGGCGCUGAACCUGCCCAUCACCGGCAAGGCCGACGUGUUCAGCUUCGGCGUGGUGCUCCUGGAGCUGCUCCGCGGGCAGCGGGUGUGCGACUGGGAGGUGGACGGAGGGGGAGGGGAGGCGCUGCGCAUGGACUUCCCGCGGCUCGUCGCGCUGCUGCGGGAGGAGACGAGGGACCUGCAGGAGGCGUGGCUGGAGGAGUUCGUCGACGCGCGGCUGCGCGGCGACUUCAGCCACCCGCAGGCGGCCGCGAUGCUGGAGGUGGCGGUGUCGUGCGUGGACGACGACCCCGGCAGGAGGCCCAGCAUGGACGCCGUCGUGCAGAUGCUCCUCUCGUCGCAGGACGUGGUGCCGCCGUCGCUCCGCCACGCGUCGUCUCCGGUCCCGGAGAUCAGCCACAUGGUCUGA